AUGUAUUUAUUUAAUCGACGUCGAAAGACAGAACCUAAAUUCAUUCACGUCUUAAGAGCAUGUAUAAUGAUAUUACUAUUAGCUUUCCUUUUAGCAUACAUCAUUUUUUUGAUUAACGAAGUGAUUCAUAGUGCCCCUGCUGUACAGAUUUCAGUAGAAGAGCUUGAUGAAAUGCCAUUUCCUGAUAUGGGAUUUCACGGCCAAACUCCAUUCGAUGUAGAUUGUCGAUUUCAAAAUGGAUUCGAUGAAAUAUAUAGCUGUAACGAUACUUUGUCACAAACACAUAUAUUAGAGCAAGGUUAUUUUGGAUUUUCUUUAAAUAAGAAUAAUUUAAAAUAUACAAAGAAUACAGUAAAAGGUGACCAAAUUUUAAGAAUAACAUUAUUUUCUAAUACACCUAAUGAUUUGAUAUCAUUUUACCUUGUUGAUUCCGAAAAUGAUCCUUUAAAAUCUCCGGAUAAUAAAGUUUACACGAAUACUUUUCAAUUUCUUGAUUUCAUGAAAGAAUUAUUCGCAAACAAUAUGUAUCGUAUUGCCAAUAAUCAGCUUUCAUUUAUAGGAUUGACGAGGAAUCAAAAAAAAACAAUUGAUCCUGAAUUAAGUGGUAUCCUUGGAUUCAAUCCAUCUUAUAAUACCACACAUCGUAUUAUAUCCAAACUUCAGAGCACACCUCUUCCUACUGAACCAAGUACUGGAUAUUACAGUGAAAUUGAAUUAACCGUAACAAGUUACCGUAUGCAAGUGGAGACAGAACAAAGAACACAAACUCUCGUAUUCCACUUUAAUAAUAAAAAGUUACUCAGUGUGUUUGGUCUUAUGGGUGGUGCUUGGGGUUUGGCAUCGGCAUUGUAUGCGGCUUUAUUUGGCGUUGAUUCGAUUCAUCCUUGGGGUUUUAUACAGUCUUGUUAUUGUGGAUAUGGUCAUAGAAUACAUAAUAAAUUUAAAAAAACAAUGCCAGUACUUCCAUUAAUCAAUCCUUCUUCCUUAAUGACGGAGUUAAAUUCUUCUUCUCCAAACGUUAAAGAAUUACAUGAUCGCUUAAUUUCUCUUGAAAUUUUUUUAAAGGAAUAUGUUGUAGAUGUAAAAUAUUUAGAAAAAUCAGAGCAAAUGGAUCAAAAUAAAUGA